GCGCGGCCCGAGCGCGCCCCCGUGGCGCCAACGGGAGCGCGCCCGGCGCGGCCCCGCAUUCGGGCGUGGGGCCCGGCUCGGCCCGCCGGGAUCGGCCGGCGGCGGGAAAGGGCCUUUUCCAGGAGGGAACGACGCGGAACGGCGACGUGGCGCCGGCGGGGGGCGGGAGCUGAACGGGACGGUGGCGCCGCAAAGGCCCUGCCCAAAAGUUGGCCCUGAGCCAGCCGGUGCUGCGCUAACGGGGUAAGAAGCACCGCGUCCUUGCGCUGUAGCGUGUCCCUCCGUGCGGAUGUUCCAGAACCCUCUGGACGCAAUGCUGUGUGCCCUAGGACGGCCCUGCCUGAGCAGGGAGCUUGGGCCGGAGGAUGGUCCUACCAACCCGAGCUGUUCUGUGGUUCCGUUAUAAAUCCCGGUUGUGAAACUGCUGUUUGCCCGAGCCACAUGGUGCCCUUGGCUUCCUGCUGCCAAGAACCGUAAGCAAAGUACUAAACACAUUCCCAAGAGAUUGUGACAAGCUGGGGUGCACGGGCAAGAUGACAGGAGAACCCUGUCACUGCAGUAUUCCUGAUAUUUUGCCUCAGUCCUUGAAAAUGUAUUAAUAAAUCCAAUGUAUCCAGGCCAUCAGUCACUCCAGAAAAUACUGAAAUGAAGCCUGUGCUCUAAACAUAGGCACUAGGACAGUCCCCUCAGAUGCUGGACUUUAGGAAGGGCACAGGAGAGACGGGGAACAUCUGUACUCAGGUUUCCUUGGAACAACGACUUCAGUGCCCUUGAACUACCUAAGGAAUGGGGCAAUGGGAAUGCUUGCUGGCAUUUUCUGGAAUAUGCAGAAUCCAGACCUGAGCAAACGGAGCUCUGAAUUAAAAUGAGCUUGAAUUAAAAGCUUGAAUUAAAAGGAGGUGAAAUAUACAUAUCAAUUUUAACAAGCUUCAAAACAAGGUACAGGUAUGCAUAAAACACAAAAAAAGGCUAGUUCUUGGAAUGAACUAUGAACUCCAACAGUCUUGGAAUGAAUAACUUCUUUGAAUGAUUGUAUAAGACCAGCCUGCAUCCAGGACAGGGAGGACCCAAAUAAAGACCUUGAUCCAGGCUCUCUAUGCAGCAGACUCCCUCCUGAUAUUAUCAGCACAGUGAUCAAUGUCAAAUAGCUCAUAAAUUCAGUUCAACAAAUCCCUGCCACAAGAAAGCUUGGAUGUUCAAUGGAAAACUGUCCCAUGGAGAACUGGGAAUACCUUUUAGUAUCUAAAAGAAGAAACUUAUUUACUGCACCUGAUUCCAUCACAGAGCAUUUCCCAUGCAAUGUUCAGCAAUGAAAUAAAAGUUCAAAAACUGCACCAGGAAAUUCCAUAUGCACAAGAUGAUUAGGAAGAUAACCCUCAGCCUGGGAAGACAGGUGUCCUCCAUGGCACAUGGGGCCACCCAGGUGAGAAGACUUCUGCAUGGUGGUUAUGUCAGGAUCCAUCCCUCUGUGCAGGAGGCUCUGGUGGAGGGCAGACCCGUGGUAGCCUUGGAAAGCACCAUCAUUACACAUGGCAUGGCCUAUCCCCUGAAUCUGAGCAUGGCCAGAAAGGUGGAAGAAAUUGUAAGAACAAAUGGAGCAGUGCCAGCCACUGUAGGUAUUUUAAGGGGCCAGAUCCAUGUGGGACUCACAGAUGAGGAGCUGGAGUUCCUGGCAAGCAGUAAAAAUGCAGUUAAAGUGUCUCGCAGGGAUUUUCCUUUCGUCCUCAGCCAGGGCUUGUCUGGUGGCACCACCGUGUCUGGAACAAUGAUCGUGGCACACAAAGCAGGAAUCCCUGUGUUUGUCUCAGGUGGCAUUGGAGGUGUCCAUCGGGAUGGGGAGAACACUCUGGAUGUGAGUGCUGACUUGACAGAGCUCGGACGAACACCGGUGGCUGUUGUAUCUGCAGGAGCCAAGUCUAUCCUGGAUAUUGGCCGGACACUGGAAUAUCUGGAGACCCAGGGUGUGUGUGUGGCUGCCUUUGGAGAAUCAAGGGAGUUCCCAGCCUUCUUCUCCCGCCAGAGUGGCUUCCAAGCACCAUACCAUGUCCAGGAUGAAGAGGAGGCAGCUAAACUCAUUGACUGUGCUCUGGGGCUGGGGCUGGGCAGUGGGGUGCUGAUAGCAGUGCCCUGUCCCCAGGAGCGAGCUGCCCAGGGCCAGGUCAUUGAAGAGGCCAUCCAGCAAGCUCUCAGCCAAGCCAGGUCCAAAGGAAUCACAGGCAAAGAUGUGACCCCCUUUUUGUUACAGAAGCUCAUAGAGUUAACUGAUGGGAAAUCGUUGGACUCUAACCUCGCACUGAUCCAGAACAAUGCCAGAGUGGGCAGCUGCAUUGCAGUGGCCCUCAGCAAACUGCAGAAAGCCAGGAGGAAGAGGAGCCAGCCUGGGCAAAAGGACAUGAGUGCACCCCAACCAGUGGUGAUUGGCGGUAUCAACGUUGACUUUAUAGCCAAGGCACAGAACCCUGAGAUCCUGGGCGGUGGGCAAACAAAUGCUGGAAGAGUGAGACGAGCCUUUGGCGGUGUUGGAAGGAACUUGGCAGACUGUUUAAGCCGUCUUGGACAAGCUCCUCUCCUUUUAUCAGCCGUGGGGAAGGAUGAGCAUUUAGAGUCUGUCCUGCACUACUGCCACCACAUGGACAUGAGCGGCGUCCUUCGGCUGGAGGGGGAGAGCACAGCCACUUACUGUGCCGUCAUCAGCAGUGCUGGGGAGCUCAGCCUUGGCUUGGGAGACAUGGACAUCCACCAGCAGAUAACGGAGCAAUAUGUGUCCCAGUUCAAGGAGAAGCUGUGUCAGGCCCCACUUGUUUGCAUUGAUGGAAAUGUGCCUCUCUCCACUAUUCAGUACGUCUGCCAAGUAGCCAGAGAGCACCAGCUAGCAGUGUGCUAUGAGCCAACAGAUGAGAACAAGGCCUCUAAGCCAUUCCUCUCAGACAGCUGGAAAGCACUCACAUACAUUUCCCCCAACCUGCAAGAGCUGAGAGCAAUAAAUCGGACCCUCGGGAACCCUGUGCCAGCAGAGCUGCCAUCCAGGUUGGAGGAUGCUGUCCAGGCUGCAGCGGCCCUGGCCUGCCCUUUGCUGUCCCACCUGCAGUGUGUGGUGGUGACCCUCGGCGCUCACGGCGUCCUCCUGUGCGGCAGGAGCCUGGCAGGGAGCAUCUCCCUUCAUCCAGGAGCUCACAGACAGGCUGCUGCUGCCAGGCUCUGUGCUGCCCACUACCCCGCCAUCCCCAUCAGCAGGGAGGAGAUUGUCAACGUCUCAGGAGCUGGUGACAGCUUAAUGGCAGGAAUCCUUGCAGGGGUGCUUGCUAAACACGACACAGGCACGUGUGUGCGGAUGGGUCUGCUGGCUGCCAGCUUGUCUCUCCGUUCCUAUGAGCCCAUUUCCCCAGAAAUCAGCACUUCCAGUGUCAGCCAGGAGCAAGUCAAGAGCAGGAGCUGGCCAGAGGCAAAGGUAUGGAAGAUGGACUAGAACACUGUGCCUUUCUCAUCCAUCACCUCAUUGCACUUGCAGCAAUCCUGUUUUCAGGAACGGGACUGCGUUUUGAGCUUUGAGAACAUUUAUCUGCUUCAGUCCUGAGUAAACCCUCAAGAAAGGAGGCCCAUACCCAGGGAACUCCUGUGGAAUGAAAAGCUGAUUUGUGGUCUUUCAGACCUCCUGGUUUUCUGAUAUCCAGCCUUCUAGAUUUUCUAUUGAGGGAAUUGUCUCUUCCUCCACCUUGUAUCACUGUUGUCCAUUAUCACAGUGGCUCCUCUGUCAUUGACUCCUGGAUCUUCAGGACCAUGUUUCUUCAGCUGGGCCCAGCAGCAACAUCUGCUCUUGCUGCUUACUCUCUCCUAUCCAAGAGGUCCCAUGGAUCACAACCUGUGGCAGGGUGCAGCUGGCAGGAGCAUGACACUGUAGGAUAACCUCAUUCAUCUUCCCAAGCCAGCCAGCACACACCACACCUUCUUGCUCUGAAGUCCAAUGCCUCUGGAGAAAGUAGGCAAGACAAAGUAAAGAAGAGUGACCAGGGACCAGCUGGUGGCCUUUAAAAGAAGACAGCUCCUUGUUCCAUGUGCCUUCCUUCCUCCUUCUUUAGUCCUGAGUAUCAAGUCUGAAGCAGAAGAGAUGCAAGGGAGCCAAGGCAUCUCCCAUGGAAGCCAUGAGGAAAAGCCACCUUCUCUCUCUGAGCCUGAAAUGUGCACAGGAUGAAACUGCAGGUGCCAGCAGAUCGGUGAACACUGAAACUCAUUAAAACUGAUUUCUAAUAGA